GCCUUGAUGCGUGCCAUAUGUUCCCCACUUGCCCUCUUCUUUCUAAUAGUAUCUCGAAACGGUUUCCCUUAACGGCAGCGAGAAAGAGUGAGAAGGAGAUCGGAGAUGACGAUGGGGACGCCGUCGGCGGGAGGGGUGCACGCGUACGGGGAGCCGGCGUACUGGGAUCAACGGUAUCGCCAGGACCCGGGGCCAUUCGACUGGUACCAGAAGUACAAAACCCUCGCCCCCAUCCUCGAUAUCUACCUCCGCCGCUCCCACCGCCUCCUCGUCGUCGGCUGCGGCAACUCAAUACUUGGAGAAAGCAUGAUCGCUGAUGGUUACCAGGAUGUUGUGAACAUAGACAUAUCUUCUGUAGUCGUCGAAGCUAUGCAAAAGAAAUAUCAGGAUAUACCGCAACUCAAGUAUAUCAAAAUGGAUGUUAGAGACAUGAAUUCUUUUGAAGAUGGUUCCUUUGAUGCCAUUAUUGAUAAAGGAACUCUUGACUCUCUCAUGUGUGGACAUGAUGCGCAACAUAGUGCAACCAAAAUGCUGGAGGAGGUUGGCAGGGUCCUCAAGGAUAAAGGAGUUUAUAUCCUGAUUACUUACGGGGAUCCAAAUUAUCGGCUGCAUUUAUUGAGGGAUUUACACUUGUGGAAUAUACACAUGCAUGUAAUAGAUAGGAUGGAGAAGAGUUCAGAGCAGAAGACCUGGGAAUUGACUCGUCCCUUACCUUUAAAUGAGGACGGUAGCUCAGUUGCUGCGGUUCUUGGUACAAACCCUGAAGUACACUACAUUUACGUCUGCACAAAGGACCAAUCCCUAAGACAGAAUCAAAACGAAGGGGUUGAACAUUAGGUCUGCAUCAUCGCCUGAGAUUCCAAAUGAUUCUUAUGUGAUUCAUGUAGUUAGCCUGUGACGUUAUAAAGGAGAGGAAUAAAUUUGUUGUAAGCUGUCUGGGGAGGACGUGAGGGCUGACUGUUCCACACUAACUCUGUUGAAACUGUAUAGAAUGGUGCCAAUACAUUGUAAUUUUCUGUUCCAUGUCUUUCUUCCUUUGGUUUUUCU